CUGCGGCAGCUUCGUCAAGGAUCCUCCGGCACACCAACAGCAAACGCAGCAGCAGCAGUAGUCCCAACGAUUAUGGCGAUUCGGCUGCGACGGGGUCGUUAGUCAAGGAGCACCACCGCCACCAGCAGCAACAGCAGCAGCAGAUUAAUGGAAAAUAUUUAAACUCGAAUGAGAACGGUGGCAGUAGCGGCUUGGAAGACAGUAGCGGAGCAUCGGAACUGUCCGGAGCAGCCGGAGCGACACUAUUCUCGUCUUCGGCAUCAUCAUCAUCAUCGUCGUCGUCGCUGUCAUCGCCGCUGUCGCAUAAUUCGCCGCAAACAUUGACGCUGACGGCGGAUAAAAAUAAAACAAAAUUAUUAAAAUGUCACUGUGACAUUUGCAAGGAUCAGAACUACGUGUGCGAAACAGAUGGACUGUGCUUCACUUCCCUGUCGCUAGAGCAUGGCGUCUACAAGUACUCGUACAGAUGCAUCGAACGACGUAUUCUCAACCCACCGGACAAUCCCAUCUGGUGCCGGGAGAAACCAGCUGGACUUGGAUCGGUCAAGCCAACAACAGCACCACCCUCAGCAGGAGCAGCCGCAGCAGUAGCAGUACCUCCCAGUAGUCCCAGAACCACCAUUACCAGCUUAACCAGCACCAAAGCGGCGGUCCAUCCGUACCACACGAUGGCCUGUUGCGAUACGAGCUUUUGCAAUCUGCAGAUUACCUUUCCGCACGUGAAACCGAUCGGUAAUGCCCCGCUAGGUUCCCACCAAGCACGUAAGACUGGUACUUACCUAUAGGUGAAAAGAAGAAUCAUCCGGAGCUGCACUUCCGGGGCAGUUUCGUGUUCA